UCCGGUGCGAGGCUGGCCGACGGCUCCUGCUGCCUCAGUGUCCUCCCUGGGGUUAAUCAAGAUGGUACAUGCUGAAGCCUUUUCUCGUCCUUUGAGUCGGAAUGAAGUUGUUGGUUUAAUUUUCCGUUUGACGAUAUUUGGUGCAGUAACAUACUUUACAAUCAAAUGGAUGGUAGAUGCAAUUGAUCCAACCAGGAAGCAAAAAGUAGAAGCUCAGAAACAGGCAGAAAAAUUAAUGAAACAGAUUGGUGUGAAAAAUGUGAAGCUUUCAGAAUAUGAAAUGAGUAUUGCUGCUCAUCUAGUAGACCCUCUUAACAUGCAUGUUACUUGGAGUGAUAUAGCAGGUUUAGAUGAUGUCAUUACGGAUCUGAAAGACACGGUCAUCCUACCCAUCAAAAAGAAGCAUUUGUUUGAAAAUUCCAGGCUUCUGCAGCCUCCAAAGGGUGUUCUUCUCUAUGGGCCUCCAGGGUGUGGUAAAACGUUGAUUGCCAAGGCUACCGCCAAAGAAGCAGGCUGUCGAUUUAUUAACCUUCAGCCUUCAACGCUGACCGAUAAGUGGUAUGGAGAAUCCCAGAAACUGGCUGCUGCUGUCUUCUCCCUUGCCAUAAAGCUACAGCCUUCCAUCAUUUUUAUAGAUGAAAUAGACUCCUUUCUGCGAAACCGUUCAAGUUCUGACCAUGAAGCUACAGCCAUGAUGAAAGCUCAGUUUAUGAGUCUGUGGGAUGGACUGGACACUGAUCACAGCUGUCAGGUCAUAGUGAUGGGAGCUACCAACCGCCCUCAGGAUCUUGACUCAGCUAUCAUGAGAAGAAUGCCCACGAGAUUUCAUAUCAACCAGCCUGCUCUAAAACAAAGAGAAGCAAUCCUGAAACUCAUCUUGAAAAAUGAAAAUGUGGAUAGGCAUGUGGACCUGUUAGAAGUUGCCCAGGAGACAGAUGGCUUCUCAGGCAGUGACCUGAAAGAGAUGUGCCGGGACGCUGCCCUCCUGUGUGUCAGGGAAUAUGUGAAUUCUACAUCAGAGGAAAGCCACGAUGAAGAUGAAAUCCGGCCCGUGCAACAACAGGACCUACAUCGGGCAAUUGAAAAAAUGAAGAAAUCAAAGGAUGCAGCAUUUCAGAAUGUUUUAACACAUGUUUGUUUAGAUUAAGAGUAAAGAUCAUUUGUACAGUUCAAUGUGAUCUAGUUUGAUGCACUCUCUUACCUUUAGUGGAAAAAGAAUGAAAAGAUCAAUGUUCUUCACCCAGUGAGAGAGUUAACUGUUCACAACACUGGUUUUAUACUCUGAAUUCUAAGUUAUUGAGAUAUAGUUGUUAUAUAAGCGGUAUUACUACUUGUCAGAAAUCAUGAGGAGGAACAAUUUAAUCCAGCCCGAGUGGGUGCUCGUGUUUGACCUCUGUAGCCAUAUGUUGCAGCCUCAGAGCAUCUAGCUGGUCUCAAGGAUGAUGCAUUGAGUCAUUUGGGAGAAAGGGGGGUAUGGGUAAGUGCUGAUGUCUCAACCUGUGAGAGUGUGUGUGUGUGUGUGUGUGUGUGUGUGUGUGUAUUAAAUGUAUAUAUUCACACAUUUUAUAUUGAUAUUCUGUAGAUACGUUUGAAUACGGAAACUUUUUUUACCCCAACUACUGAAUCAGAAAGUACCAAAUAGUAUAUGGCAAAACGGAGAUAUAUGGUUGUGUCUAAAGGUACAGUGAUUCAGCCAUUUCUAGUUUUUCCACUUAUUUCAGCCUUUUUUUGUUUUUUUGUUUUUUUUUUUAAGUCGACCAUUUCUCUGCAGUGGAAUAGUUGGAGCCGGCCACAUCUCCGUUUCUGGUUGUGGCUCCGUUAUUAUGGUCGUCAGGAUAAUCAAAAAUACUUACUCAGUGAUCAACAUAGAAUGAUUGGCAGGCAGUCGCGUGAUCAACACUGAUUUCACCUCUUUCUGGAACCACACUGAGUUAGAGACAUGUUUUAAAUCGAUGUCUACGGAUGGAUUGAAAACCUUGCCCAAGAAUGGCUUUGAAAACCACAGUGCCAUUCAGUACAUGUAUGUGACUUUCCUUUCUUCGUUUCAUGUGACAUAGUUCUGUUGUAACCAUGGUUAUUUAAUGUCAUUUUAAAGUUGUAUGUUCUUUAAUUAUGGUCAAAUAUAAUUUGGUCAUCAAAAAUGAAAUGAUAGUUUAAAACAAGUAGCUGUUACUAAAUGUGCUAAAAAUACUCAUUUUAUAACUUUAAUUUUUAAAGUUUUCUUAGCAUAUUAUGAAUUGUGCCCUAGUUAGUACAAAUAUACACAUCCGAAUCCCCAUACUGUAUCCGUGGUCAUCCAAUGCUAUGUGCCCUACAUAAGAAACUUUUUUUGUCCAAAACUUCACUAACCAGAAUUCUGUUACAGGCACUUAAAAUCACCGCAUGAGGAAAAUAGCACAAUAAAAUCUUGAGGUGCCUUCUGUGAACCAUCUGAAAGAUUAAAUUAUACUUCAUCUAUUUUUGUUUUUAUUGUAUUUCUUUGAAAAAAAAAGUCUUUACUCAUGAGUUAUUGGAUUAAUUUAUUUGCUAGGAAAUCCCUCUCGGAACCUGUUGGAGAGUUUAUUCCCUUGUGCUUUGAAUGAUGGGCGGGGCAGGGGUUGCAGGGACGCACUCUGGACAACAAAAAAAAGCAAGUCCUGAGGAUUGUGAAGAUGAUCGAAAAUUGGCUGCAGAACACAAGACACCAAAAACAAAGUUUCGACUCCAUUUUUGAUGACUGUAUUAUACUAUUAUUUUAUAAAUAAUGCAAUAAAGAGGUCCCUCUUUAUCAAUUUUUCUCUA